ACUUUCUAAUUACUUUAGGUAUAGUUUAGAGUAGAAAAAUGUUAGCUAGCAUUAUAUUAAUAUGUAUUUUACAGUUUAAAAUAAUAGAAAAUAAAGAGAGUAAUUGUGGUUGUAGUAUAGACCGAGCGCAAAAAGAUAACUAUGACAGAAAGUUAUUCUAUAACGUACUACAAAGUGAAGAAGGUGAAUGUUCAACUGAUACCAAAGUUGAUGAAAAUGAAGUUUACGAGGUAACAAAUGAUAUGGUUUUAAUACCCGGCAGAGAGUAUUACAUUGGUACAGACGAUAUUAUUAUCAAAAAUGAUAUGGAAGGUCCGGAGAAAAUCAUCAAAUUGGACUCAUUUUACGUAGACAAAUAUGAAGUAUCAAAUAGUGAUUUUAGUCAUUUUACUAAGUUAACAAAUUACAAGACUGAAGCUGAAACUUUUGGAGAUAGUUUUGUAUUUGUAUUGUUCCUAAAUAAUACAUUUAGAGAUGAAAUGAAAGACUAUCGAGUUUUACAAGCUCCAUGGUGGUAUAAAAUUAUGGGUACGGACUGGAAACAUCCAUACGGACCAGAUUCUGAUAUAUUAGAUGCGAUGAACCAUCCCGUUAUACAUGUGUCAUGGAAUGAUGCUCGGGCAUAUUGCAAGUGGAGGGGGGCUCGGCUGCCUAGUGAGGCAGAAUGGGAGGUGGCUUGCAGAGGGGGACACCGUGCUACAAAGUACCCCUGGGGUGAUAAACUAUUUCCCGAUAAGAAACAUAUGGCAAACAUUUGGCAAGGUACUUUUCCUCAUCAUAACUCAGAAAAGGAUGGAUAUAUAGGUACCAAUCCUGUACAUCUGUUUCAACAAAAUGAUUUUGGGCUACAUAACAUGGCUGGAAAUGUUUGGGAGUGGACUGAAGAUUCAUGGUCCAGUGACAAUCCUAAGGAAAAAGUAAAGAAAGGUGGUUCAUACUUAUGUCACCGUUCCUAUUGUUACCGCUACAGAUGUUCAGCACGGUCGCACAACACUGACGACAGUUCGGCCGGAAACUUGGGCUUCCGUUGUGCAAAGUCCGCUUAAUUUAAAUAAUUUUUAAUGUACUUAAAAUUCCUAACCAACACCUCGCAAGGCGAU